AUGUAGAUGUACGCAGGAAAUUUGCGCAGUUGCAUAGUGAAGGGUGCAGCCAUUAUUUUUUUUUUAUUAUUGGGUGCUUCACUCUUAACUGCACGAUGUAGAAUAAAACAAGGAAAUAAUACUAAUAAUACCGCGUAUAUUUUUACUAAGCUCUUUUUUAGCUCUUGCUAAACUGAGAUUUCUGAGGCACUUUUAAGGGAAGUAGACGCAGGAAGCCCGAGGAGAGUGUAGGUGUCUGUUUGUGCGUAGUUUGUAACACCCACCAUAACACGGAACCCUAACAUUAUUAACACGCACUAUUUGAGUCCCAGUGCAGUGAUGGACGUGUCGCUGAAAAUCGAGUCAUCUGAAAGUAUUAUGCCUCCAUCCUGCGAUGAAAGUCCAGCUGCAACUGAGUCGACUGCGAGCAAUUCUUCCGUAAUUGCGGCUCAUCAUGUCGAGCAGCUUAAGGAGCCGACCCCUGUGUUACUUUACCCUAUCAGUAUAAACAGUGCUGUAUCUGUAUUUAGAGACCAGAAGGUACCCCAUGGUGAGUCCUCUCAUAUAAUUGUUAGCAGGGAUGAACCAAGAAAAGGUACUGCAGCACGAGGCUACCCUGAAGCUGUGUCUACUUCAUCCGAGUUUACCCACCGUGCUAUUGUGCACCUCAUUGAAGCAAUGCAUCGUUGCUGGGACAUGUAUGGAUCGCAUGAACGCUCUCGACUCUUCCAGAAUGUCCAGAGUGAGCUGGAAAACCUUGGCCACUCACUGCCAGUAGAAAAGAUCAGAAGAAAAUGGAACAACCUCAUUGUCACCUACAAGAGAGUAAAAGAGCGCAGCAGGUUGGGCAGAGGCCAGGCCAAGACCUCAUGGGAAUACUUUGAGAUGAUGGACAAAGUUUUAGGAAAAACAAAGAUCAAUCAGAGUGACCCUUCAUCAGCCACUCUUGUUGGUUAUGCAACCACCGCUAAAACAGCUAUGAGGUCUGAAGAGCAUCAGCCGCACAGUGUGUCAGUCGCUGCAGUGGCCACCCCAUGUUUGCUCCCUAGUGGACUCUUCACAACCCCUUCCCCAAUUCCUACUCUGGUGACAUCCCCAUUGCUUUGUAACACAUCCCCAAAACCAAAUCCAAGCACUUCAUGCAGUACAGACACUUCCAUGCCCACUGUUUCCCCCAAACCUGCUUUGAAAAUCACAAGGCAGCCACUGAAACGAAGGUUUCGACAUCUUCAGCUCGGCUCAGUGGCCUCCCGCCUUGCCCAGCAGCAGGGGCACGCAGGUGAGCGUACUGCCCUUCUUCGCAAUUUCAUCAGCAGUCAUGAAGAACGUGCACGCCUGGAUGAACAGCGCCAACGCAAAAAGGAUGCCCGCAAGCGGAGACAAGAAAGAACAUUGGGUAGCAUGGCUGAAUCGAUGGGAAGGAUGGCAACAGCCCUGGAGUUAAUCUCAUCCAAGCAAGACACCAUCAUUGCCCUGCUCCAGAGACUGUCUGAUAAGCAUUAAGGAACAAAUCAAAAAUAUGAUUUUAUUAGAUGCAAAUGGACCUAUGUAUAUGUGCAAUGUUGUUUUUUGCAUUUAAUAUUGGUUAUUAAUUACAAGUAAAUAUAAAAUAUUACUGAAAAGCUGUAACGGUAAAACGUUUUUCUUUUCCUUAUUUUGUUAAGCAUACUACAUUUUCAGUCCAGAACUGCAACCGGUCACCACCUUAAAUUGUUCUGAUAUUUUAUUCAAGAUAUAUGUGAUUAGAAUAGUUUCAGAAAUACACAUUAUGCAUAUAAUGUUUUUGGCUAAGCUUACCUUGUUGACUUUGAGCUAAUGAGUCAGGUUGAGCUGUAACUCUUAAAUGUGAGUAGAGCAAAUAAAAACAGAAGUAAUUGAUUUUUUCUUAAAU